AUGUGGCUUUAGCUCUGGUUUACCUUGAAUAAAGACGGUGUAUAAAAGAGAUCAAUGUGCCUAAAUAAGACAUAAAUUCAAUCACAGUAUAAAAUGAUUUACAAACAGAUGGAGAAUCGAACAGAACAGUGAAAUAACCUUACUUACACUGAUCUAGAGACUCGUACAGCACGAGCAAGAUUUCAUGCGGACAAUAUAUUUUCUGACGGACAUCAGAGUUUGCAACAGAUGGAGCUAGAGGAGAUUGAAAGCAAAAUAUCUGACCUUGAUAAAUGGCGAGCAAUAUUUAGCUCCCAGGGGCUGGAAGUCAAGAAAACGCCUGCUGAGGAUAAUCAGAAAGAUGGAGAUGGUGGUGGGGACAAAGCAGAAGAUUCAAGCAGCAAGAAGCAAAGUGCACUUCCAUUUAAUGUUCUCUAUUCAGUCCCACGGGAGCUAAUAAUACCAUCAGAUCUUGGUGGCCAGCCGAUUUCUAAAGAAACAGCAAUGGAGUUAAGAAGAAUACUUUUUGGAAACACAUUUUAUACAUUCAACUAUGAGUGGAAAAAAUCCUUCUUCAAAUUUCGGGAUCCGUAUUCAGACCUGGCCUAUACCCUGGAAGCAGAAAAAGGUGGAACCAGAGCUAUUCAGAUGGCGGUCCAGGCCCACAUCAUUAAAUUCCUGCUUUUCACAAAUAAUGGCGAUGAACACGGCUCUCUUCAGAGUUUAAAUGAGAUAGGCCCCAAACAGCAAGAAAGAGCCCUGGCCGUAUCUCUAACAAACAUUCUUUGGAUGACAGGAGAAGGUAAAAGAGCCACACUCUGCCUCAUCACCAACGAUUCCUACAUCACAGAGAGCAAGGACUACAAAACAGAUAACUUUACAGAACAACUUCAAUUAUUUGAAUUCAUGGAGAAAGAAAAACUGGAAAAAUUCCUUUCCGCCAAUAUACAUUGCUUCAGGAGCGAGGGGUGUCACGGUGUCAUAUUAUUCCUAUACAGCUUGCUUCUGUCUAGAACCUUCCAAAGACUUUGGGAAGAUCUAGAUUUUACAACAACUCAUCUCUUACACUUUAAUCUUGGAAAUCACACAGCUAGACAGGCUGUUGUAAACCUGAUGCUAACAGGACGAGCAAGUCCGCAUGUAUUUAAUGGGGACCAAACAGUGGAAGCGGAGAAUUUGGAGCAGAAGCAUGGCGUUCUCAUUCGCAGCGAUGUGGGCUAUUUACACUGGGUGAGGGAAGAAGAGGAGCUCGACAGACUUCCCCAGGUGGGAAGCAUGCUGAAAACACCCAGAUUUCCCAUAUGGCUUUGUAACAUUAAUGGGACGUACAGCGUACUUUUUGGCACAAAAAUGUCUCUUUUAUGUGACUGGAAAAUGGAACAUAUUUUUGAGCUUUAUUUCUACAGCGGGCAAUCUACACAGACAAAAACUGUACAUCUAACAAUAGACACACACUCACACCAUUGGGAAGGAAGAUAUAAAAGAGAUGAAGGUGACCCAGAAAAAAGAUUCCCCUCUGUUGAAAUGACGAUAAGAACCAAAUGGGAGGGAGCAGCUAUCAACUGGAAUGGCACGGUUCCAUUCUUUUAGAAAGAACCAGGCCCAGCAUAAUAAAAUAACAUCAUUUCUCACUAUCAGUGUGUUUGACAUACAGCAACGUUUAAAAACCUGGUUUCUGCUGGGCCAAAAGUGGAUUUCACGUUUACUUACAAAUUGUUUAUUUUCUUUUGCCACUUUGAAUAUAAACCUAGGUUUCUUCCAAGCACAAUUAUUUUCUUGUAUCAGAAACGUAACCUGGUGGAAAAUAUGGUCAUUAAAGUUCUCAAGAAAUGUUUUGCAAAUAAAAAUAUCCAGCAAAGAUGUGAAAAUUCUGCCAAACUGUGACAAUCAAUAGCUUUUAGUAUUUCACUGCACAUUAAGUACACUUACAGAGGAAAGUGAGACUUCCAUGUUAGUGUAUAACAUGGGUCAAGUGAAAAAUAUUGAUCUUA